AUGAAGUUCUCCCUAACAUUCCUCACUUUGGUAGCACUCAGCUAUUCAGCUCCUCAACCAAGGAAGCUGUUCCAUGAACAUUUUGAAGAUUUCAAGGAAGUCAUUAGUAAGGAAGUUGAUCAUGAGUUAAAAUACUUGGUAGAACACUACCUGGAGUUUGAAGAGUUCCGUGCUUCUCUUGACUAUAUUGGCUCCGACGACUUUAAGAAAUUGAUUUUCAAAAUGGAAGAAUUACCCGAAUUUGAAGCCGUAGUAGACUUUCUAGAAAGUAAUAACCUAGAUAUGCAAUACUUCCUUGACGCUUUUAGCACUAACCUUGAAUACGUUCAAAGAGGAAAUCUUCGUCACGAGGUCAGUGGCCGUGAUAUGUCUUCUCUUAUCAGAGACUGUACCAAUAUUUACCCUAAAGCUAAACUAGCUGCUCUUUAUGAAGAGAAGUUGGCUGAAGAUGAUGACUUCAGACGUGCCAUGGAAAGCUUCGAAACCGAGGAAUGGGAUAAACUGUACACCGCUCUCUGGGCGAAUGAAACCUUCCUGAAGGAAGUCGAAACUCUUAAAGAAAAUGGAAUCGAAGUUUCGUACAAGAUGAAGGUCGCUAUCGCAUUCCUCGCUCUGGUCGCUGUCGCUUGUUCAGCUCCUCAACCAAGGGUUCUGUUCCAUGAACAUUUUGAAGAGUUCAGCCGACUCAUUGGAGAUGAAGCUGCUGACGAUUUAAAUCACUUGGUAGAACAUUACUUGGAGUUCGAAGAGUUCCAAAUGUCUCUCGAUUACCUUAUUACCCCAAACUUCAGGAAUUUGGUUUACGAGAUGGAAGACUUACCCGAAUUUAAAGCUGUUGUGGAGUACCUCGAGACUCAUUACAUCGACAUUAAUUACUUCAUCAAUGCUAUCAAUAAUUUUGUUGAUGAUGUUCAAAGAAGAACUCUCCGUCACGAGGUCAGCGGCCGUGAUAUGUCAUCUUUUAUCAAAGACAGCAUCGAUGCCUUCCCCAAGGCAAAAUUGACUGCUCUGUAUGAACAGAAAAUGGCUGAAGAUGAUCUAUUCAGAAAUGCCAUGGAAAGCUUCGAAACCGAGGAAUGGAAAGAGUUGUACAGCGCUCUCUGGCAAAACGAGACAUUCCUGAAGGAAGUUGAAAUCUUAAAAGAAAAUGGAAUCGAUGUUGAGAUUGUUCUGCUUGAAGCUCAAGCCGUUCUAGGAAUUUACUAAGUAAAAGCAAGUUGAAAAUAUU